AAAAUGAAAGCUAACAAACAAAAAGCUCUCAUUUUGAGUAAUUUAUUUAUUAGGUUUCCCAAAAAUUAUUAAGAAAAUAAAUAAUAAUACUCAUAAAAUUUAAUCCUUUUUUUCACCCACCGAUUCAACCCUCCUUUUUGAUUUGAUAACUUUCUUCCUCUCAAUUUUCACCGGAAUAUGUUAUGUGUUCCACAUCUUCAGGCUUUACCGCACUGCUGCAAUCAUUGUUAGAGAGCUACAAGAGCAUUUUCAGUUGCAUGACCCAAUGGUGGCAAAAGGCUAGAAGAGCUAUGGAUUGCUUUCAGAGUGUUAGUCGUGUUAAAGGUUCCCUAUGCCAACAGUUAUUAAUAUUCAUUUUCUGGUUAUCGAGUUUCCAAGAUGUUGCCACAUUGCAUGACCCUAGUCACAUUCCUUCCACGUCUGAGCUAGCUAAUCCACCGACUACUGCAUUAUUUGAACCUAUAGAAAUAUCCCCUGCUGUCAUUCCACGAUACCCUUCUCCUGACGAAUCUGUACCACCCAUGUACCCAAGUUUCCCCACAACAUAUGAACCAAAUUUAACUGGAAGGUGCCCUGUAAAUUUUUCUGCUAUCUCGAAUAUCAUGGGGAAAACAGCAUCUGAUUGUUCUCUACCUUUGGCAGCACUUGUAGGAAAUGUUAUAUGUUGUCCACAGCUUGGUAGUUUACUCCACAUCUUCCAGGGUUAUGGCAUCGAUUCUGAUAAGUUGGUCUUGGGAAAUGCUGUUGCUAAUGAUUGUUUUUCAGAUGUCAUUAGUAUCUUAGCUAGCAGAGGGGCCAACAAGACAAUUCCCACGGUAUGUUCUGUAAAAUCAUCAAAUCUCACAGGUGGUUCUUGUCCGGUGAAGAAUGUUAAUACCUUUGAGAAAACAGUGAAUACGAGCAAGUUAUUAGAGGCUUGCAGCACUGUUGAUCCUCUAAAGGAGUGCUGCAGGCCGGUUUGCCAACCUGCAAUUAUGGAAGCUGCUCUACAGAUUUCUGGAACACAAAUGAUGCUCAAUGAUGAUAAAACUGUAGUAGGGGAGACUAAUCAUAUGGAUGCCAUUAAUGACUGUAAAGGGGUGGUAUAUUCAUAUCUUUCAAGGAAACUCUUGCCAGAUGUGGCCAACUCUGCAUUCAGAAUACUAUCUGCCUGCAAGGUCAACAAGGUUUGCCCUUUGGAAUUUAACCAGCCAUCAGAAGUAAUUAAGGCAUGCCGUAACAUAGCUGCUCCCAGCCCUUCCUGUUGUAGCUCAUUAAAUACAUACAUUGCGGGGAUACAGAAGCAAAUGUUAAUAACAAACAAGCAAGCCAUUGUCUGUGCAACUAUGUUUGGAUCAAUAUUAAGAAAAGGCGGAGUUAUGACAAAUGUUUAUGAGCUUUGUGAUGUUGACUUAAAAGAUUUUAGUAUCCAAGCAUACGGACAACAAGGAUGCCUAUUACGAAGCUUACCAGCAGAUGUGAUAUUUGACAAUUCGACGGGCUACAGCUUUACAUGCGACUUGACUGACAACAUUGGAGCACCGUGGCCGUCAUCAUCUUCAAUGUCGUCCUUGUCUCUUUGUGCUCCAGAGAUGUCGUUGCCUGCCUUACCAACAUCGGAGACGCUGAAAAAUCUAGGCUGCCAUGGAUGCACAUUGGAAAUGUUGAGGUUGAGGUUGAGGUGGUUUAAAAAAGGACAGUGUAGGACUUUUGUGUGGUGGAAAAAUUUACUUGCAUUGUAUGUUUCCAUUAGGCCCUUCUUGUAUACCGUGUGCGCCGACGAGGUUGUCUUUAUGAGACAAAAAGUAGAGGGAGCUAAGCUAAGCUAGUGAAAAUGAGUGAAAAAAGUUUCCAACCACACGAGUGCUUGCAAGCAUGGUGUGGAUCAUAUUAUGCCAUGAGGAAUGAGAUCUUAAAAAGGGGGUUUGGUUUGCCGAAUAUAAUAUUAUGGUUUGUAACGUGAUAUUUUAAAAUGAGAUUAUAGUGUUUAGAUUGUCAAUAUUUUAGUCAUCCUAUAACCUUAUAUUACGUAAUAUUCUCAAUAUGUAAUCUAGAGUGUAACAUCAUUGCACUCCAUUUCUUAGGUUAUUGUGGAUUACGGGCAUAAUCUUAAAUUUUAGACCAA